GUCAAAAAGUCUUCCUCGCCGUUUCAUCAGAAAAGAUUCGGAUUUCUAUUUCUACGCGACGAAUCGUCCUCGAUUCCUCCUCUUCUGUUAUCUUCUCUUUUUGUCCCUUUCUUGGAUCCCAAGCCAACGAUCGAAAACCAGGUCGGAGCGAAAGAAGAUGGGGAUAGCCGAUCGGCAGCGCUUCCGCCAUGACUACGUCCGCGCUCUCGAGGAGGAGCGCAAGAAGAUCGAGGUCUUCCAGAGAGAGCUGCCGCUUUCCCUUCAACUCAUCACGCAAGCGAUCGAAAGCUCGGAGUGGCAGAUGUGUGAGGAGGAGAGGUCGGUGAGUGGUAACGAGCCGGUAUUGGCAGAGUUCAUUCCGCUGAAGCCGAGUUUAGCGUCGACGGUGGAGGAGGACGUGGAGAUAUGUGAGCCGGUGGCGAUCGGGUUUGAUGCGAAGCCGGACUGGCUUAGAUCUGUCCAGCUAUGGAAUCAGUGCGCGGAUACUGGCACCAAAGUGGAACCGCCAGAGAGGCCCAUAGGCAUAGCAGUAGGCGUGAAGAGGAUGGGCAGCGCUUUCCAGCCUUUUGAGCGAGAGAAGCACGCUGCCCCACCGCCGCUGGUGUCGGCAUCGGCGGCCUCUAGUUCCAACACUAGCGGUAGUGGUAGCGGCGGCGGAGGUGAUGGUAACGGUAGAUGCGGAGGAGACAAGAAGAAGGAAGGGCAAUCUCAGACCAAUCAAAAAGUCAGACGCCGCUGGUCGCCGGAGCUGCACCGCUGCUUCCUCGACGCUGUUCAACUGCUCGGCGGCAUCCAUGUUGCAACCCCGAAGCAGAUCAGAGAGCUGAUGAAUGUGGAUGGGCUCACCAACGACGAGGUCAAGAGCCAUUUGCAGAAAUACCGACUAAACAAUAGACGACCAGGCACGGCAGCUCAGAGCACCAGCAGCGCCCUGGCGCCACAGAUUGUGUUGGUCGGUGGAAUUUUGGUCCCACCGCCACCGGAGUUAGCGGCGGCGAGAUUCUCAUCGGAUUUGAUUUCUCCAAAGCAGCGGCAGCAACAAGCCGAGCAAUUACUGCCCGGAUCAUGCAGUAGAGAUGGUGAGAGUGGUGAUGAUGAUGAAGUCACCUACUCUGAGUCCCUUACUGCCUCUGCAACUUCCCAAACGCGGAUAGCGUCACCCUCCUUUUGAGUUAUUAGUCCAUUUUCUACUGUGAUUUUCUUGGUUGGUUCGUUUGUUUAUUUGUUUUAAAUCAGUGUUGGAUGUGAGGCUAAUCCGUCUUUAGGAAGGAACGUAGAAAUGACAAUGUCAAAUUUAUUUUAAUAAUGCUGUUACAUAGAUUGAGCUCUUAAUGGAUUUUUUUUUGGGAUCUAACAU